AGCACGUCAACUUCAUAUACGAAAUCUUGUAGAAGUACUGUUUUCCUACUCCAUUUUAUAUGCAAGUUGAAUUUAGAAGAAUCUCUGUGUCAAGUGUUAAAAGUUCUUACGUCAAGAAGAAUUCAUUUAAGUAUUCAAGGCUUUAACUUUCCCAUAAUAUUUGGAAAUUAUCUCUUCUUCCUUUUCUGGAAGAAUUUAAUAAUUUGGGUUUUCAUCAAGGUCAACCUUCCUGUGAGCUCUAAAGCAAUAUUUGGUACCAAUCGUUCCUGCCCAUAUUUAAGGACAUAGCAGUGGUCCUUUUUCAUACAUCUUACAUCUAAAUUUCUAAGGUAAAUAUGGUUUUGGAGGUGAACAAGAAUGGGGAUUCAUAAAUGUUAGACAAGGUGCAAAUAUGUUUUAUUGGCUUCAUUAUACAACUGCUAAUGUUUCAUUAUACACCGAAAAGCCUUUAUUAAUUUGGUUAGAGGGUGGUCCAGGAAUAUCAUCAACAGGUUAUACAAACUUCAAAGAAAUUGGUCCUUUAACUUUGAAUCUGACAUCUAGAUCCAAUUCAUUGGUUAAAGAUUACAAUAUACUUUUAAUCGACAGUCCAGUGGGAACUGGCUUUAGUUAUGUAAAUUCAAGCAACGAUCUUCCAAAAACAGAAAAACAAGUUGUACAGGAUCUUCUUACUUUAAUCGAACAUCUCUUUAUAAAAUUUCCUAAUUUAUCCAAAGUACAAACAUAUAUCGUUGGACAAUGUUAUGGAGGAAAGAUAGCUGCUACCUUGGCUUAUGAAUGGAUUCGGAAAAUAGAAAACGGUUGGAAUUUUACUAAUUUAAAAGGAAUUGGACUUAUAAGCGCUUGGAUUUCACCAGUUGAUUCUGUUCUAACAUGGGGAUCAUAUUUGUAUCAUAAUGGGUUAGUUGAUAAAGAAGGAUAUAAGGCGAUUAUGGAUUUAGCUAAGCAAACAAAACUUAGUGCAAAAAUGAAAGAUUGGAAUGGUGCACAUGAACUUAUGCAAUCUACUAUCCGUGCCAUUGAAAAAUAUACAGGAAAUGUAAAUUUCUAUAAUAUUUUAUCGAAAAUGAAAAACGAUCAUCAUCGUUUUGAUCCAUAUGCUAAAGAUGAAGUAAUAAUAAAGAAUUUAAUGGAAUCCAGAGUAAAGUCAGCGCUCAAUUUACCAAAUGGGAGUUAUUUCAAUUUAGAAAGCACGCCUAUUUAUAAACGUCUUGCAGGGAAAUUAAUGAAACCUGUCACCAAAAAAGUUGAAUAUCUUCUUAAUCAACCAAAUUUUAAAGUCUUUGUUUGUAAUGGACAAUUUGAUUUAGUUAUCGAUACUCCAGGUACCCUUCAAUGGAUCAGUAAUCUCUUUUGGAAAGAUUCAACAAAAUGGUUAGCUGCCAACAGAGAACCAUUAUUAAUAAAUGGCUUUAUCGAAGGUUACGUGAAGGGAUACGGAAAUUUGAAAAUGUACUGGGUUAAUAGAGCUGGACAUGUGAUUACUAUAGACAAUCCUACAGCUAUAAGGAAAGUAUUACAUAAUCUUACUAGCAAUGAUUUACCAGUGAUUACUACGGAUGAUUUCUCUAAUUUAGAUAUCAUUAAAUUAUAAAAUUGUAUAUACUAUAAUUUAAUUUAAGUUCAAUAAUAAAUUAUUCAAAUCGUUA